AUGGGCGAGCGCAUUCCCCUGUCGGCGGGCCGCCCGCACGACAUCCAGUGCCGCAGUGCGGGAUCGCGGCCGCCAGCCAACAUCACGUGGUGGAUCGACAACGCCGGCAUCGAUGCCCUCACGCACAAGGUGUCUCCGGACUUGAACGAGACAGUGUCGACGCUGCGCCUGACGGCGGGCGCCAGUGACCACGACCGAGUGGUCACGUGCCGCGCGGAGAACAGCCACGUCCGGGGCGGCGUCGAGGAGGACUCGUGGCGACUCGACGUCUACUUCAUGCCAAUGGUGCAGCUCCAUCUGGGACCGAACCUGGCAGCUGAGAACAUCAAGGAAGGCAGCGACGUCUACUUUGAAUGCAAGAUGAGGGCUAAUCCAGCAGCCUACAAGGUUGUUUGGACAAAUAAUGGCGAGGUGAUACUGCACAACACGUCGGCGGGCGUGAUUGUCAGCAGCAGCCACCUGGCGCUGCAGUCUGUGACACGCAAGCAGGCCGGCAGCUACUCCUGCAUCGCGUCCAACGUCGAGGGCGACGGCCGCAGCAACGUCGUCAAUCUUGCCGUCAAGUAUAAGCCGGUGUGUCACGAGGGCGAGCAGCGGCCGGUGACGAUAGCGGUGGGUCUGGGCGAGCGCGCCACCGUCAAUUGCAGCGUGGACGCGCUGCCGGCGGCCGACUCGUUCCGCUGGUCGCUAGGCAACAGCUCGUACCUGCCCGGGCUCGACCCCGCGAUCGCAGCGCCGCCGCCACCCGACUCCGGCGCCGGACAGUCGCUGCAACUCAUCCCCCUGUCGCAGAGCGACUACGGCACCCUGCUCUGCUGGGCCUCGAACGCUGUCGGCAUCCAGGCCGCCCCUUGUGUCUUCCAUAUUGUGCCAGCAGGUAAGCCGGACCCAGCGAGCAACUGCACGCUGGUGAACCAGACGUCGACGUCGCUGCAGCUGGAGUGCCUGGAGGGCUUCGACGGCGGCCGGCCGCAGCGGUUCGAGCUGCUGGUGGAGGAGGUGUCCACCGGCCGGCUGCUGUCCAAUGUCACCUCCCGCUGGCCAUCCUUCGGCGUGGCGGGCCUGCGGGCCGGCCAGGCGCUGCGCCUCACCGUCACCGCCUUCAACAGCCGCGGCCGCUCCAUGUCCGUCGCGCUGGACGCCUACACGCUCAAGGCUGCGGAGCUCCGAACAGGCGUGCCGGUGCCGUUCGAGCUGACGCCCAUCCUGAGCGUGCUGCUGAGCGUGGCGACGGUGCUGCUGCUGGCCGUGGCGGGCAUCGUGGGCUCGCAGCGCGUCCGCUCCAGCAAGCAGCGGCAGCAGGACGCGGCCGCCGCCACCGCCGCCCGCCAGGCGCUCGACGCCGCCCAGGGCGCCAUCAAGGCCGGCCCCGACGUCGAGGACCCCAACCCCGACCUCAUCCCGCCCACCAGAGGUGUGGUCGCAGCCGGCGCCACCCCGCAGGACUCCCCUGGGAACGACGCGGCGCCGAGACACCCGCAACUGGUGCCGGGCGUCGCCGCCGCUGCUGACCGCAACACCACCGGGCCCUUCUACCAGGCGCCCAGGCUCUGGACGCUGCGCCAGACGGACCAGUCCCACAUCGCGGGGAUGAAGGUGCUGGAGCCAGUGCUCUCGGAGCAGCAAGUACUGGACCGGGGACGCAGCGCACCGAUCCAGCUGGGCUUACAGCAGCCACAGAAGCCCAGAGACCUGGUGGCUCUCAGGAGGGGCUCCACGGUGGCUACCGAAGUGCUUCCGGAGGACACGCAACAGGAGAGCUGCGUCUAGGUCACCCACAGCACGCAACAAAGAAAACACAUUUACUGCAAAGUCCACUGGAGCCACAACUCCAACAAUUAAUGAAUGCGGUUGUGGUUGCUCCUCAUCAGUAAAGUUAUGAGUAGCAUGGAAAUUUCACCCAUGACGCUCUAAUUUUACAACUUAAUCUCUUAGUGCAAAGGAAGACAAUCAGCAGGGAUGCCUAUCGAAGGUACGUGCAAAUCGCAGCAUCAUGAAUGCAGUUUGGUGCUACUUAUGCACUGAAGAGAGCUAAGGUGGCUCAGCACGUGAGGAAUCUAUGAUUACCGGCUAAGGGUCCUUUCGAUUUCCCUACGGUCGUAAAGCUUGGCACGAAUUCGCCAGUUUUUGCUACAGUUAUCCACUACUGUGUUGGAAAAACUCAUUUUCGCAAACUGUCAAAAUGUUCGCGUAUAUUCAGCAUCAAUGACAGAAAUGGACGAAUGAGUAAGUAUACGGGUACAGAUAAGGUAAUUAGUUCAAAGCUGUUACCGCAAUAUUUCAGUCUGUUGCUUCUGCUUCCCUUGUUCUUCACAACCACAAUAUUAUUGUGAUGGACUUAAAUUAUUUCUUCGUGUUGCAUUGAUUACAUCUCAUGAAAGAAAGAUGAAAAUAUCUCUGCGACGACUUCCUGCCAUCGAAUAGGUCUUCGAAACGAGCACUAUAUGUUGGAAACCUUAUGAAUAGAGAACUGUACUCAUUGUCUUCUUAAACACGUUA